GUAUGUUUACUCGACUUUUCCACAAAAAUUCUUUCCUUUUUUGAAUUAUUGCUUCCAAACGAGUCAUCAGGCAGAAUUUGUCUCAAUGUUACCACUGUUAAAGCAUACAAGAUGUUAGCACUUCUAUUGGUAAACAAGGGUAUCAUUUUUUCGGAACCGUUUGUUGUUUUUUAUGGGAAAAUACCUACUGCAUUUUGGUGGGCGAGGACGAACGUGCAGUCGGAGCUGUGUCGCGUUUACUUGAGGAAAAUCGAGCAUUUGUAUUACAAGUUCGACCCGAGGGUGUUGGAACAAACAGGUGAGCUCUCCAAAGAGGUCGUCACCUCCGUCACUGAGAUGGAAAAACGCUGCAAGUACGCGAAAGAUAACACUAACAGGUUGAGGACGAGGGCCAUCUUAUCCCACAUGUACCAUCACGCUCUGCACGACAACUGGUUCCAGGCACGGGACUUGGAAGUAAUGUCCCACCUGCAAGAGACCAUCCAGCACUCGGAUCCGAGCACCCAAAUCCUUUACAACCGCACGAUGGCGCACCUCGGGCUGUGUGCGUUCCGCCACGCGAAUAUCAAGGACGCACACAACUGUCUGGUCGAUCUGAUGAUGACCGGCAAGCCGAAGGAACUGCUCGCUCAAGCACUGCUGCCGCAGCGCCAGCACGAGGGCAGCAAGGAGCAGGAGAAGAUUCCGUUCCACAUGCACAUCAACCUCGAAAUGUUGGAGUGCGUGUACCUGGUGUCCGCUAUGCUGAUUGAGAUCCCGUACAUGGCCGCGAACGAGUUCGACGCGCGCAAGCGCAUGAUCUCCAAGACGUUCUAUCAGCAGUUAAGGUCGUCGGAGAAACAGAGUCUGGUCCUGCCACCGGAGAGCAUGCACGAGCACGUGGUAGCUGCCGCGAAAGCGAUGCGCAACGGCAAUUGGCUCGCGUGCAACAACUUCAUCAUCAACGACAAAAUGAACGCGAAAGUGUGGGAGCUGUUCUACCAGGCAGACGCGGUGCGAGCGAUGCUCACGAAACUGAUCAAGGAAGAAUCCCUGAGGACGUACCUGUUUCGUUAUUCCAAUGUGUACGAUUCGAUAUCGAUGCAGACGCUCGCCGACAUGUUCGAGUUAGAGAAGCCCGUCGUCGAUUCCAUCAUUUCAAAGAUGAUCAUCAACGAGGAACUGAUGGCAUCCCUAGACGAUCCGACGCAAAUGGUGGUGAUGCAUCGCAGCGAGCCGUCGAGGCUGCAGUCGUUGGCGUUGCAGCUCGCCGACAAGAUCAACAAUUUUGUCGACUCGAACGAGAGGAUUCUGAGGACGAAACGGGGAACUUUUUUUGCGCACCAAUCAGAGCAACUUCCGCAGCGAACUUCAAAACUACAGGGGCGGGAAUUAGCAGAACUGGUACAGAUAACGCAGAGAUCACAGAAAAUUUUAUCGACUACUAGAAAGCUUUUGACAGAAUAAAACAUGACAAACUGAUGAGAGUUGGGCGUGCCAGAUGAAAAAGUCUGAGGUCUUUCGAAAACAUGAAUGAAAAAAUACAUAAAUGACUAUAACUUCUUGAGCAACCCAAGAGGGGAAAAUAAAACUAACAAACUAAGUUUUAGCGUAUUUGAUAAACAUUAUUCAAUCAAACAGUUGAACUCCUUUAUCAGAUCAUUGUUAACAAAAAUUGACAUAUUGCACCGACUUUACCAAACCAGGCGCUGUUGCCACAUACUUUUAUUAACAUUUGGCGCGAAAAGAUAAAAUGGGGGUCUAUAUUUAAAAAUGGGUAUUCUAUUUGAAACGAAAUCCAAAAUGAUAGGAAGUAAAUUAAAAUUUAAAAUUUAAAAUUUUCGAAGAUAAUAGAUUCUAAAUAACAUAUUAAAAAUAUAUAUUUUUUGUGUCAUUGCGUAUUUUUUUCUUUAUAUAUAGUUAUGAAGACUGAUAGGGGUACUGUAGUUCAAUCUCUCUCAAAAAGUGCAACUAUCAAUUUCUUUUUCCGCCAUAUUUGUAGCGCGAUACAUUCUUAAUAAUUGUUUUUUGACCCAACCCUUAUAUAGCAUACUACCCUUUAUUUUAAGCAAGGAAUCACCCCCAAGUUUUUUGCAUUGGUUAAUUAAACACCCUCUGCUGCAUUAUGUCAACAGUUGUUAGGGUUUAUGUUUAAAAUAAAUAGACAUAUUAAUGACACCUUAAUAAAAUUGAUUUUCUUCAAUUAUUUAUUAAGCGACACAUCGCGUUCUGACAGACGUUAAAUUAUUAAAGAAAACGAAAAUUUCCAUGGUAAUUAUUACUUCUCUACUUCCUUAUGUAAUAUACGGCGAUCCAGCUUUUCGAAAAGUACCAUCUCACCGCGUCAGUUUCUUGUCCCACGGAUCCGAGCCCCUUCGGACAUCUCGGGAAUUUUACCGCACGGGUUUGGGAGCAAUCGGAUGCUUUCGGAGAUUUUACUGAACGGCUUGAAUUUUGAUGUUUGUCAGUGAAUGUAUUCGUGUUGUUUUGCAAAGAUGUACCCAAAAAUCGAACAGUCGUAGCAAAAGUAUAGUAUGCAACAUGUUUGAUAAACUUUUAUUUGUUUAUUAUUUAAUUAUUAUGCGUUCGCUCCGCUCGUGACAGAUAACCUCGUGACUCAAAUGCCGUUUAUCGCCCUCGUUCCAUAAUAUACAUUUUUAUACAUGUACAUUAAAUUUUACCUAUUUAAAAGU